GACUUCCAGUGUGUCAGGCUAGGACUUCCGACUCUAUAUAAACCGUAGCAAGCUGCAUUCACAUAUCACCUAAUUGCAGGAGAAAGACAUGGCGAGCAAUCUCAUGACCGCUCUAGUUCUACUCGUAGCUAACUCCGCUCUUUUCCUCCCUUCUCUCGCUUGUCCAUACUGCCAGACGCCGACAGUUACUCCACCGCCACCGCCGUCACCGCCACCUCCUGCACCGUGUCCCCCACCGCCAGCUCCCAAGGUAUCACCGCCAGCGCCCAAGGUGUCUCCGCCAUCACCCAAGGCACCGCCGUCGGCUGGGGCGUGCCCCAUCGACACACUGAAGCUCGAUGCAUGUGUAGAUUUGUUGAGCGGGCUAGUGCACUCUGUGAUCGGGCAAAGUGCGAAGAGCAAGUGUUGCCCGGUGAUCGAGGGGCUCGCCGACUUGGACGCGGCGCUUUGCCUCUGCACCACCAUAAAGGCGAAGGCGCUCGACGUCAAGGUGUUGCUGCCCAUCGCGCUCGAGCUCCUCAUUGACUGUGGAAAGCACGUGCCCUCCGACUACCAAUGCCCUGCUUAAUGCAUGCAUAUAUAUAUAUAUAUAUAGCAUAAUAAGUGUCGUGUAAAAGAUCGUUAAUUAUUGGAUUAAUCAAGGUUUAAUGAGUACGUAAUCUAUCAUAAACUAUAUAAUAAAUGUCACAUACUUUUGUUUCUGGAGUCAAAAUAUUUUCCUGAUCUUUUGGAUUUUCAAA